AUGACCGACGUCGAUACCUCCGUCGCACAAGCCAGCUUGGCGAACGGCAAAUCACACGCCAAUGGGCACUUUGGAUCGGGAUCGUCCGGGUCUCAAGCCACUGCCACACAUCCCGCGGAACAUGGAAUCCCUGAUCCUCUUCUCUCAGAUGCAUUCGGCCCCUCGAGCUCGCUCAAAGCCAUCUCAUCGGGCGAUUCGACCGGCAAAGGCAAGCAGGCGGCCACAGACUCAGCCACAACCUACCUCGACUCGGACUACCACAAGGCGACAUCCUCCCUGACGCCCAUCGACGAGUCUCCGACCGACGCAGCAUUCUCAUAUUCGUAUCAAGACUCGUAUCGAUCGUCAGCGAACGACUAUGCGCAUCAAUCCUCCAGUCACCGCACGUCCGACCAUGUCCGCAUCGACUCGCCUGACAUGGACGAGGUUCCUUACUCGCCCACGACAUACCCACCCAUCAGUGAGGAGGAUUCGGAAGCCAAGCGCGUGCAGCAGAACCUGGAGCGUUGGGCGGCCGAGGAGCGCCAGAGGCGCAAGGCGCAGCGCUCCUCCAAGCUUCUCGCCAACCGCAACUUGGUCGCCGCGGGCACAGGCGGACUUGCACAACGGCUUUCGAUCCUGCGUACCUCUGCACAAACCAACAACAAUAAUCUGGGUGCUGGUCCUUCGUCAGAGCGGCUCGCCGACGGACCUGGAGCAAGUCCAAGCAUGCCGUACGACCCACGGCUCGGCGCUGCGGACCGACGCGGGUCAGGAUCUUCGUCAGCGGCAGCUGGGCAGGGCCUGCACCGGUCUGCAAGCUCGUCGUCGUUCGACAGCUCUCAGUCUCUCGGCUCGCUCACCUCGGAUGAUCCUCGUCCCAAUCGACGGCUGCCGCCCAUCGGCUCCCGCGUCUCGUCGGCGACGCACGCCAGGAACACGAGCUCGGGCAGCGGCGGCUCGUUGAAGGGAUUCGGUACCACGGCGAACGGCAGUGCGCGCAAUCCCUUCCGCGAUCCUUCGGAUGGAGGCGCGCCAGAAGUGACACUCGAGAAAAGAGCAUCGCUCAAGCCCCAACCCACGGCCUCGCGCCCGAUCGUCACUGUUGGCCGCGCCUCAAGCAUCCAGCGGAGAGCGCUGGAAUCGGGCUACAAUUCGAAGGGCAAGGGCAAAGGGCGCUCGAUGCCAACCAUUGUCGCCACUGAUACCGAAGCUGAAGCCGAGGCUGAGGCUGAGAUGGGCCGCAUCUCGUCGCGCGUUGACGAUGAGAAUCCGUUCGCCUCCAGUGAAGACCGCCAACCUCGUGCUAGGACCGAGUCCUCCACGAUGAUCCACGAAGGAGGCUUGGACGAGGAGGUCGCCCUCGAGAUGGCUGGCAGAGCUCAAGCGGAGCUGAACAGUGGCGACAUCGGCGAGUCGAGCUUGAGCACGGACCAGCCGAUUCGGCCGCCGCCCGGCAGGACAUCGACAAGCAGCUCAAAGUUCCGCGAGCUCGGCAUCACCGAGGGCGACGAUUGGAUCGAGACCAUGGGCAGGAGCCUGGGCAAAGGUCGGAGCCGCAAGAUGCGCAUCGCGCCGCACGCCGAUGGCGACGAGACUGCACACGAGCCGAGGAAGCCGUGGUGGACCGAGCUGCUGUGCGGAUGCAGCCGCGACGAGGACGAUGAUGAACAGGCUGGACGAACCAAUCCCAUGGAGUAG